CUCUUCUUAAGAACUAAUCCAAUCUCCUUUCUCGCACCUCUCUCUCUCUCUCUACGUGUACUCUAACGUCUAGCCAUGGCGAAGGCAUUCCUCCCACUCUUAAUCCUGAUCCUCUGCGGCCAAUCCCACGGCCGCUUCAUCUCCGACCAAUCGUCACAGUCCGAUCUGGUCUCCAAUGGCCUCCACGAUCUCCGCGAAGCCCAGCCGUCCUUCCUCCGUCUCAACGCCGCGCUAUCCGAUUUCGGAGCCGAGUCCACCUGCGAGCAGUCGUACGGGUUCUUGCCGUGCACCACCACCGCGCUCGGAAACCUGUUCUUGAUACUCGUCUAUGGCUACCUCAUGUUCACGGCCGCCACUUACCUCUCCAAUGGCAGCGAGCUCCUGCUCGAGAUCCUUGGGCCCGGCAUCGUCGGCGGUUUGUUCCUUCCCGUUCUCGGCGCGCUUCCUGAUGCCAUGCUCAUUCUCGUAUCUGGACUUUCUGGAAGCGCAGAAACUGCUCAAAGUCAGGUCUCUGUUGGAAUGGGCUUGCUGGCUGGGUCAACUGUACUGCUCCUCACUGUGAUAUGGGGAACCUGUAUUAUUGUUGGGAAGUGUGAUAUCGAAGGUUCGGUUGCAAGAGAUGGAAAGGAUACAAAAGGAUUUAGCUUGAUUGGUUCUGGAGUUAGCACUGAUAUUUGGACGAGCUAUGCUGCAAGGAUUAUGGCUAUAUCUGUUCUCCCGUUUCUUAUUGUUCAACUACCACAACUUCUCAACUCGACCUCAGGAAGACAUUUAGCCGUUUUGAUUGCGCUUAUUGUUUCCGUGUUGCUAUUGAUUUCUUAUUGCCUGUAUCAGGUUUUUCAGCCCUGGAUACAGAGGAGACGAUUAGAUUAUGCAAAGCAUAAACAUGUUAUAUCGGGAAUCUUGCAACAUUUACAUAUGCAUGGAUUAGGAAAGCUCCUUAAUGAGGAUGAAGAACCCAACAUCAGAGUUAUAGAAAAGUUAUUUGAAAAAAUUGAUGAGAACCAUGAUGGCCAUCUUUCGGCUUCUGAAUUAAGAGCACUGAUAAUAGGAAUUCGAUUUGACGAGAUAGACUUGGACAAGGAUGACGCCGUGGAAAAACUGAUGAGAGAUUUUGAUACAACCAGUGAUUCACAAAUAGAUGGGCCUGAAUUUGUAGCGGGUAUAACUAAGUGGCUUAAUGAGGCAAAACGUGCUGGGAAUUCCUAUAAUGGUCAUGGUGGAACAAUGAAAUUUUUGGGUGAUUUCCAUGCGCGAACCAAGCAAGAGCAUGAUCUGUUGGGGGCGGGAGAUCAAAGCGAAGAAGCCACAGAAGGUGUUGCAAAUGCUAAAUGGACAAGCUUGAAAGCAGCGUUGAUGUUGUUGGUGGGAGCUGCUAUUGCAGCGGCAUUUGCAGAUCCUCUGGUGGAUGCUGUCGACAACUUCUCCAGUGCCACAAGCAUUCCAACUUUUUUCAUCUCAUUCAUUGCACUUCCUCUGGCUACUAACUCUAGUGAGGCUGUAUCUGCCAUAAUCUUUGCUACGAGAAAGAAGAAAAGAACUUCCUCCUUAACAUUUUCUGAGAUUUACGGGGCUGUAACGAUGAAUAACGUCCUCUGCCUAUCGGUUUUCUUGGCUCUUGUCUACGCCAGAGGAUUAACAUGGGACUUCUCGUCCGAAGUUCUAGUCAUUCUUAUAGUUUGUAUCGUGAUGGGUCUCUUCGGCAGCUUCCGUACAACUUUCCCUCUGUGGACAUCUUCAGUGGCUUUCCUGCUUUAUCCAUUCUCCCUUGCCCUGGUUUAUGUUCUUGAUUACUUUUUCGGCUGGUCAUAGACCGAGUUUCAGCUUAUGUAAUUCAGAAUCAGAACCCUUUUUCUCAAUUUUCUUUUCUUUCCUUGUAUGAUCGCGAUUUGUGAAUAAGUUAUAUGCUUCUGGAUUUUGUUGAUGGAUGAUCAGAGCAUCUAUAUGAUCAUCAAGUUUUCUUAUAUAAUUCUGGCGGUGGUGCAGUGCUUUGUUCUUUUGUAA